AUGUCUCCCCCAGCUAUGAUGUACGAACAGCCAGCCUCUAACGGCCACUCUGUUCCCGUCGCAGCCUCUAAGCUGGCUGGCUUGCCACACAACACCGCCAUCCCAGUCGGUGGCCACACCAAGCCCCAGACUGUCGAUGAGAUGGCCGGAAACUGGAGCGACUUCAAGUUCGCACACAUCCGCGAGAGCCAGGUCUCCCGUGCCAUGACUAGGCGCUACUUCGCCGACCUUGACAACUAUGCCGAGAGCGACAUUGUCAUCGUUGGUGCUGGAAGCUGUGGCCUCUCCACCGCCUACUGCCUCGCCAAAGCUCGCCCAGACCUCAAGAUCGCCAUCAUCGAGGCUGGUGUUGCCCCAGGCGGAGGUGCAUGGCUCGGCGGUCAGCUCUUCAGCGCUAUGGUCAUGCGCAAGCCGGCCGAUGCCUUCCUGCGUGAGAUCGGUGUGCCUUACGAGGACGAUGGUGCCGACUCCAACUUCGUGGUCGUCAAGCACGCUGCUCUCUUCACCAGCACCGUCCUCUCCAAGGUGCUCCAGUUCCCGAACGUCAAGCUCUUCAACGCCACAGCUGUUGAGGAUCUCAUCACUCGCACUGAUGGCCAGGGCAACAUCCGCAUUGCUGGUGUCGUCACCAACUGGACUCUUGUGAGCAUGCAUCACGAUGACCAGAGCUGCAUGGACCCAAACACCAUCAACGCUCCUGUCAUCAUCUCUACUACUGGUCAUGACGGACCAUUCGGCGCCUUCUCCGUCAAGCGCCUUGUCUCCAUGGGCAGCAUCCCCGCCCUCGGCGGCAUGCGCGGUCUCGACAUGAACGUCGCCGAAGACGCCAUCGUCAAGGGCACCCGUGAGAUUGCCCCAGGUCUCAUUGUCGGCGGCAUGGAGCUGUCUGAAGUCGACGGCGCCAACCGCAUGGGCCCAACUUUCGGAGCCAUGGCACUCUCCGGUGUCAAGGCUGCCGAGGAGGCUCUCAAGAUCUUCGACCAGCGCAAGGCGGAGUGUGCUGAGAGUGGAAAGUACUAG